AGAAGGAAACAUUCAGGGUCAUUGUUAAAGGAAAAAAGAUUCCAUUGCUGAAAACAGCAUUGCUGAAGUACCAUGAAAAAGUAUAUGGUGGAAGCUCUUAUAGAGGUAACAAAGGGAGACCAUGCCACCGGGAUGAGUUUGUUCGCUGUAGCAUAUGCAACAAGGAGAGAAGAUUUCGUCGGCAAACCAAAGUGGACUGCAGAACUUACCAUGAUGCUGUGCUCGAUGCCAAAUGGAAAUGCUCUGAUCUGCCUUCUGAUGAUUGUGAUGAUGAGGAAGAGCGCGCAAGUCGUCGCUCCAUCAGAGGAUGCUCGCGCACUGCUUUGUGCAAAGGUUGCACUCUCUGCGUCUGCUUUGGUUGUGAGAUCUGUCGCUUCCCAGAUUGCGCUUGUCAGACUUGCAUUGAUUUUGUUAACAACUCACCAAAGUGACUGAAACACUUCUUUCAGUGAGAGCCUUUUGUUAUCAACAUUCAGAAAAUUAUCAUCAAUGUCUGUUAAUCUGCUCAGUAUAGACACUUAAAUUUUGUUCGGAAUAGUUUUUUUUUUACUGUUUUUAAAGCAGAUUUUUAAUAUAAAAAUUUAUUGAAUUAGAAAAUUUUAUAUUAGAAAAUUGUUUUAG